AUGGCACAGGAAAACGAUAGCAACGAGAUGAACACCAAGUUCAGCAAGCUCAACGUGAAUGCGGUAGAGUUUGUGCCGAGCUUUUGUACACCUUCGUCGACGGCGGUGCAGACGGCAGCAGCAGCAACGGCACCGGCGGGAACACCUGCGGCGGGAUCGCCAACGGCACCGGUGGCCGCAGCACCACUUCCGGUCGCUCCUGCAUCGGCCACGUCGAGUGGUGGCAGUAGCAGUGCGGGCGGUGGUGGAGGUGGUGGCGGAGGUGCCACUACGCCGACAUCCACAGCUGCCACACCGACACCGCCAUCCUCGUCGGCGCCGACACCCAUGGAACGAGACGAAGAUCCGGUGAAAACGCCUGAAAACAAUGAAAGUGAACCGCUCGACAGUUGGGACGCCGAAGAGGAUUCAAUCUUGACGCCGGAAGAUGAGGAAAUGGAAUUGGAUGACGGUGAAGUGGACGGUGAGACGGCCCCGAAAGUAUCGAAAAAGAAGCCUCCCAAGGUAGAGGAAAGUCGAAGCAAAAAGGAACACGUGAAUGUGGUUUUCAUUGGCCAUGUCGAUGCCGGUAAAUCGACAAUCGGCGGACAGAUCAUGUCACUGACCGGAAUGGUAGACAAACGGACACUCGAAAAGUACGAACGCGAGGCGCGUGAAAAGUCGCGAGAAAGCUGGUACUUAUCGUGGGCGCUCGACACGAAUCAGGAAGAACGUGACAAGGGAAAAACGGUGGAAGUUGGUCGUGCCUAUUUUGAGACUGAGAAGAAACAUUUCACCAUCCUCGACGCACCCGGGCACAAGAGCUUCGUGCCAAACAUGAUCGGUGGUGCUGCCCAGGCGGAUCUGGCGGUGCUGGUAAUUUCCGCGCGAAAGGGUGAAUUCGAGACCGGGUUCGACCGGGGCGGGCAGACGCGAGAGCACGCUAUGUUGGCUAAGACGGCCGGUGUUAAGCAUUUGGUCGUGCUGGUUAACAAGAUGGACGACCCGACGGUUAACUGGGACCUUGAGCGUUACAACGAAUGCAAAGACAAAAUAUUACCAUACCUCAAGAAACUAGGGUUUAAUCCGGUGAAGGAUCUUACGUUCAUGCCAGUGUCCGGAAUUACCGGGCAAGGUUUGCGGGAACCAAUCGACGACUCUACGUGCCCCUGGUACCAGGGUCCGGCCUUUAUUCCGUUCAUCGACGAGCUGCCCUCACUCAAUCGCAAAACGGACGGACCAUUCAUCAUGCCGAUCGUCGACAAAUAUAAGGACAUGGGUACGGUGCUGAUGGGCAAGGUGGAAUCCGGUGUGGCAAAGAAAGGCACGAACUUGCUAGUGAUGCCUAACAGAACACAAGUGUGCGUUGAUCAGCUGUGGUCCGACGACGAAGAGGUGACCUCAGUGGGGCCUGGUGAAAAUGUGAAAAUCAAAGUAAAGGGCAUAGAGGAGGAGGACGUUUCGCCUGGAUUCGUCCUUUGUGACGCUUCCAAUCCGAUCAAGACGGGCAAGAUUUUCGACGCACAGGUGGUCAUCCUAGAACACAAGUCAAUCAUUUGUGCGGGAUAUUCGGCCGUAAUGCAUAUACACUGUGCCGCUGAGGAGAUUACUGUUAAGGCUCUUAUUUGUUUAGUUGAUAAGAAGACGGGAGAAAAAUCCAAGACAAGGCCGCGCUUUGUGAAGCAGGAUCAGGUCGCCAUUAUGAGGAUUGAAUGCUCCGGAUUGAUAUGCUUAGAGCAGUUUAAACUAUUCCCCCAGAUGGGUCGCUUCACGCUUCGAGAUGAAAAUAAAACUAUCGCUAUCGGCAAGGUCUUGAAGGUUGUGGAGUAAUGUGACCAGCUCCUGUCCAACCAACACAUGAAACACGCACGUUUCAUUGGCAGCGAAUAAACAGUGUCCU